AUGGCAACCAACAAGUACUCGGUCAUCCUGCCUACCUACAAUGAGCGUCGCAACCUGCCCAUCGUCGCCUGGUUGCUAAACCGCACCUUCACCCAGCAAAAACCUUGCCUGGAGAUAAGUCUACUAACGAACAUGUCUCACAACAGCAAGCUCGAAUGGGAACUCAUCAUCGUAGACGACGGCUCUCCCGACGGCACCCAAGAAGUCGCCAACCAGCUCGUCAAAGCCUACGCCCCGCACGUCAUCCUCAAAACCCGCACCGGCAAGCUGGGCCUGGGAACCGCCUACGUCCACGGCCUGCAGUUCGUCACCGGCAACUUCGUCAUCAUCAUGGACGCCGACUUCUCUCACCACCCCAAGUUCAUCCCCCAGAUGGUCGCCCGCCAAAAGGAGGGCAACUACGACAUCGUUACCGGCACUCGCUACGCCGGCAACGGCGGCGUCUACGGCUGGGACCUCAAGCGCAAGUUCGUCUCCCGCGGCGCCAACCUCUUCGCCGACACCGUUCUGCGCCCCGGCGUCAGCGAUCUGACGGGCAGCUUCCGCCUCUACAAGAAGAGCGUCCUGGACAAGGUCAUCUCGAGCACCGAGAGCAAGGGAUACACGUUCCAGAUGGAGAUGAUGGUGCGCGCCAAGGCUAUGGGGUGCUCUGUAGCCGAGGUGCCCAUUACCUUUGUCGACCGCGUCUACGGCGACAGCAAGCUUGGUGGUGACGAGAUUGUCGAGUACGCCAAGGGUGUGCUUUCGCUGUGGGCCAAGGUCUAA